GUCAAAACAACAAAGUUGGAUUCUGUAUAUAAACUGCCUACUUACUAGCUCUCUGGAGUUUUGGGUAUAUCUGUCAGUAUGCCUCUACUGGCUUUAUUUUCUUUGCUUUACUAUGUCCUUGUCUUUUCUUUAACGCACUCCCCAAGUCCCAGUUACACUUUCUCAGCUACAGCUGCAGCCAAAGACUGCACUCUCCGAAACAGCUUUGAGCCAAGCUUUGUUGCAGAAGGUGACUUUGUAAUUGGAGGGAUUUUUCCUCUUCAUUAUAACCAGGAAAUGCCUGAUCAGAACUACACCUACAGACCACCACCAGUGAAGUGCAAUGGGUUUGAUCCCAGGGCUUUCCGCUGGGUUCAGACUAUGAGGCUAGCAGUAGAGGAGAUAAACUACAGUUCAGAACUAUUGCCCAAUCACACCAUGGGAUACAAAAUCUUUGAUUCAUGUGCAUAUCCCCUGACUGGUCAGAGGGCGGCUCUGGCUGUACUGAAUGGGCUGAGUGAAGACGACUCUCCCAUGUGCACAGGUGCUUCUCCAAUGCUGGCUGUGAUCGGGGAAUCAGGAUCUGCUCAAUCAAUCGUGGUUUCAAGACUCCUGCGACCAUUCAGAAUCCCAAUGAUCAGCUACUUCUCAUCAUGUGCCUGUUUUACUGACAGAAGAAAAUAUCCCACAUUUUUUAGAGUAAUUCCUAAUGAUGACUAUCAGGUGAAGGCCAUUGCUCAACUUCUGGUUCACUUCAACUGGACUUGGGUUGGGCUUCUUCGAGGAGACCAUGAAUAUGGACGUUUUGCUGUGCAAGGUUUACUGAGGGAAUUACAAGGCAGCACUGUCUGUGUGGCUUAUCAAGAGAUGAUCCCUCUGCUCUACAACACACAAAGAGCAUUGGAGAUUAUGCAGGUAAUGCAAAGCUCUUCUGCAAAAGUAGUGGUGGUGUUCUCAGCUGAAGGGGAAAUGACACCUUUCCUGAGAGACUACAUGAUGCAGAACAUCACUGGAAUCCAGUGGGUGGCAAGUGAAGCCUGGGUCACAGCAUCUGUCUUUACAGGAAGGGAGUUUUACCCCUACUUGGGGGGCACCAUUGGGUUUGGCAUCAGAAAAGGUCAAAUUGCUCGACUCAGUGACUACCUGCAGACAGUCAAUCCUCAGAGAUAUCCCAAUAAUGUUCUAGUGGGUGAGCUUUGGGGGUCUCUAUAUGGCUGCAAUCCAUUUCCAUCCUCUGCCAAUCAUUUGCCAAUUUGUUCAGGGCAGGAGGUCUUGUUGGAGCAGCAUUCAGCCUACAUGAAUACGUCCAGCCCUAGAGUGGCUUACAAUGUCUAUAAGGCUGUAUAUGCAGUUGCUCAUUCGCUGCACAAUCUUCUUCUUUGUCAACCAGGAAAUGGGCCUUUUGAAAACAAUUCAUGUGCUCAAAUCAGCAAUAUACUUCCCUGGCAGCUUCAGUACUACCUGCAAGAAGCAAAGUUCAACAUUGCUGGGGAGGAGGUAAAUUUUGACCUGAAAGGUGACUCGGUGCCAUACUAUGAUAUUAUCAACUGGCAGAGAGGUACAGCUGGGAACAUUGAGUUGGUCAACGUGGGGUUGUUCGAUGGGACUAAGCCUGCUGGAGAGGAGCUCGUGAUCCAGGAGGACAAAAUAAUGUGCCAGUGUCUGUGUGCAGUCCCAGCUGCCCUCCAGGGUCCAGGAAAGCUGUCCGUCGUGGGGAGCCUGUAUGCUGCUUUGACUGUGUACCAUGUGACAGUGGCAAAAUUAGCAAUCAGACAAACUCAGUAGAAUGUAUGUUUUGCCCUGAGGACUUCUGGUCAAACAAAGACAGAACAGCCUGUAUCCCCAAGGAGGUGGAGUUCUUGGCCUAU